CCCCCCCUCGAGAGAACGAAAAGAUAGCCUCGGGCGCCCGCUGUGGUGGAUAGAGCGCUGGCCGUGACCGCUCGCUCGAACCCCCGCCCCCCUCUUUCUUGAGGCCAUGGACGCUGCCGCCCUCUGCCGCCCGGCCAGCUUCUUCCCCCGCCCCGCCGGUCCCGGACAACGCAGGAGGAGCGGCGGUUCUCUGGCUUCCGGUUCUUUUCCCUCCGCCGGCCGCUUCCCAGGGCCUUGGCCGUGCAGAUUCUUGCGCUCCGCCAGCUCUUCUGCCUCUCAAUGGGGGAUGGGCGUUCGCUGUCGAGCCGCUGGGACGGAGUCGAAGGCCGCUUCCGACGCUGCCGUUCGCAGCGGCGAACCCGGGCAAGACCGUCUGCUCAAGGUUCCUGUAUCAAACAUCAGAAAUUUUUGUAUUAUUGCUCACAUUGACCAUGGGAAGUCAACCUUAGCAGAUAAGCUAUUGCAGUUGACUGGUACAGUACAGAUGAGAGAGAUGAAAGAGCAAUUCUUAGAUAAUAUGGAUUUAGAAAGAGAAAGAGGUAUCACGAUUAAAUUACAGGCAGCUCGAAUGCGGUAUGUAUUGGACAAUGUGCCCUACUGCCUUAAUCUGAUAGAUACCCCGGGGCAUGUUGACUUCUCAUAUGAGGUUUCUCGGUCCCUUGCUGCUUGUGAAGGAGCCCUCUUGGUUGUGGAUGCUUCUCAGGGUGUAGAGGCACAGACUUUAGCUAAUGUUUAUCUGGCUCUGGAAAACAACCUUGAGAUCAUACCUGUUCUGAAUAAAAUAGAUCUACCAGGUGCUGAACCUGAUCGUGUUGCCCGCGAGAUGGAAGAGAUUAUUGGAUUAGACUGUAGUACUGCAAUUCAGUGUUCAGCGAAGGAGGGUAUAGGUAUAGCUGAAAUUCUAAAUUCUAUUGUCACAAGGAUUCCUCCUCCUAAUGAUACUUCUCAAAGUCCCCUCAGAGCUCUAAUAUUUGAUAGUUAUUAUGACCCAUACAGAGGUGUGAUCGUUUAUUUCCGGGUUGUUGAUGGAAGCAUAAGGAAAGGUGAUAAAAUAUAUUUCAUGGCUAGUGGGAAGGAUUAUUUUGCUGAUGAAAUUGGUGUCCUUUCACCCAAUCAAAUGCAAGUUGAUGAACUAUAUGUUGGUGAGGUUUGGUUUGAAGGUGGUUUAAAGAACAAGAAUAUAGUUCUUUUGGUGGGUUACCUUUCAGCUUCAAUUAGAUCAGUUGCAGAUGCAAGGGUUGGUGACACAAUUACUCAUUUUGGAAGAAGAGCUGCAAGCUCUUUGCCUGGAUAUGAGGAAGCUACACCGAUGGUGUUUUGUGGUCUCUUUCCUGUCGAUGCCGAUCAGUUUCCUGAGUUGCGUGAUGCAUUGGAGAAGCUUCAACUAAAUGAUGCAGCAUUAAAGUUUGAACCUGAAACUUCAAGUGCUAUGGGUUUUGGUUUUCGGUGUGGGUUUCUAGGUUUACUCCAUAUGGAAAUCGUUCAGGAAAGGCUUGAGAGAGAAUACAACUUGACCUUGAUAACAACUGCACCAAGUGUUGUUUACCGAGUCAAUUGUGCAAAUGGUGAUAUUAUUGAGUGCUCGAAUCCAUCUUUACUUCCAGAACCUGGAAAGAGAAGAUCAAUUGAAGAACCAUUUGUUAAGAUUGAAAUGCUUACUCCAAAGGAAUAUAUAGGCUCUCUUAUGGAACUUGGUCAAGAAAGAAGAGGUGAGUUUAAAGAAAUGAACUAUAUCACGGAGAAUAGAGCCUCCCUCAUCUACGAGUUACCACUUGCUGAGAUGGUCGGGGAUUUCUUUGAUCAGCUGAAGUCCAGAACCAAGGGAUAUGCUAGCAUGGAAUACUCUUUUGUGGGGUAUAGGGAAAGUGAUUUGGUAAAGCUUGAUGUCCAGAUUAAUGGUGAGCCUGUGGAACCAUUAUCAACAAUUGUGCAUAAAGAUAAGGCUUAUGCUGUUGGGAGAGCGCUGACUCAGAAACUAAAGGAGCUAAUACCGAGACAAAUGUUCAAAAUUCCAAUUCAGGCAUGCGUUGGUUCAAAAGUGAUUGCCAGUGAAUCUUUAUCUGCAAUUAGGAAGGAUGUUCUAUCAAAAUGUUAUGGGGGUGAUAUAUCAAGGAAAAAGAAACUGCUUAAAAAGCAGGCUGAGGGAAAGAAAAGAAUGAAAGCAGUUGGAAAGGUUGAAGUGCCACAGGAGGCCUUCAUGGCUGUUUUGAGAUUAGAAAAGGAGGUUAUGUAAAUCAUAACAUCUGCCAUUCCAUUGUUGAAAUCAGAAAGGAAGCCAUCUAACAUCUGCCUUACCUUUCAAGAUAUAAUCCAAGCUUACAUGAUCAUCCAGUAUCAGCAGAGGAACUUUCUAGAACUCAUGCAAAGGGUAUUUCCUUUUAAGCAGUCAAUGUUUAUCCUGUACAGUAUUCAGCUUAGCGGAGGAGGUGGUGGCCUGGGCUGCAUAAUAUGGUCUCUGUCCCAGUUUGCAGUAGAAGAAGAAAGGCUGCCAUCCGAAGUAUACAAUUGAAUAUUCAGCCAAGUUCAGCACCGAUUUUUUUGUAGCUGCACUCAUUUCAAGGACCCAAAGGAAUCUAUAAUAGUUGUGCAAUACAGGAUUAAUACGUCAAAAAGGAUCCCAUCUCCUGCUUUAUCUCUAAAUUGGUUAGUGAACAGGUGUCCCUUUUGUUGAUUGAUUAAUCAAAGUUUACCAGUGAAAUGUUGCACUAUAUUCUUGAAAUAGAUAUCCUCAUAUCAAACAGAACCUCCAGUUCAAAUUA